UGUAAUGCUAUCAGUUAUUUGCACACGUUUCUAAGUGCAUGCGUGUGUAUUUUUUUACCCACUGUGCUUCAACCCUCCUUUCAAAACUGUCAAAACUCCUGCAUCACACGGCAUAGCGUAUUCAUGUUUGAAAUCUACAGUUGUAUUAAAGUCACUAGUUUUUCUUAAGAAUGUUCGCUUCCCUUUUUGUGGUCAUGCUGGGCUUGUGCUACUGUAGCAAGGAGAGCAAUCAGUCAUUUCUGGGGACACCACAACUCUCUGGCCCUUCGGAGGCUUUGGUGAAAAGCACUGUAUUAUUUAAGUGUGAACUGCCGACCUACCCAAAGAAUGAAUCUAUCCUCCUGCAGUUAUUCAAGAAGGGCACCGAUACAAAGUUGUUGGGUGAAUCCAUCUCCCUGAAUGGGGAGGCUGCAGCCUUCCUCUUGAUACUCACACUUUCUCAUGAGGGCAACCUGGAGUGCAUGGCCAGAGCACAGAAAAACUCUAACAUAGAGCCCACUGUCAGCAGCACACACUACCUGAAGGUUGUUGAGCCAGUGCAGGGUGCAGAGAUUGUUGUCCAUUCAGGUGUAGCGGAAUUCUCUGAGGGGGAGACACCGGAGCUUAUGUGCAACCUUACUGCUGGAAAUCACGUGUUGUACACCUGGCUACAGAAUGGUCGGGUCAUCUCUAAGUCUCCUGUACACAUUGUAUCAGGCAACCGUCUCUCGAUCUACAGAACCACUUCAGAAAACAGCAGCUCCUACAUAUGUGAGGCUACCAACCACUGCGAGAAACAAAUCUUCCAAUCCCGCAGCUCUGAAGUUGAAAUCGCAGUCACAGAUGUGUUGUCAGCCCCUGAUAUCUCCUUCACCGUGUUAAAGGAGAAUUCCCACAACUACUUUGCUGUGGUCACCUGCCACUCAACAAAAGGGACUCCACCUUUCACCUUUUCACUCUACAACAGGUCAGAAUUGGUUGCCAACAUGACGAGUGAAGACAGAAGCAGCACAUUUAAGAUUCCAUUGGUCUUGGGUGAGCACUUGGGAAAGCUCCAGUGCCAGGCAAAAAAUGGAAACCAGACCGCACACAGUCUAACGUUGCCCUUAGAAGUUGUUUUGGUUGGGGGGCCUGUUACCAUGCACUAUGACUACGACGUUGGGGAAGACUCUGCUGUGGUUGGACUGAGGUUCUACUGCAAGGCGGCGAAGGGAUCUCAUCCACGGUACCAAUGGUUCCUGAACGAAAAACGUCUACACGACCGAGGAAGCUUCUACCACGUGGUUGACCAGCCUCCAGAACAAUCGAUACUCCUGCUGGCUGUUGGGAGGAGUAGCGCUGGGACGUACCACUGUGAAGUGUCAGACAGCUUUGACAACACCACUGCAAUAAGCAGCAGAAAGCAAUAUAUUGAUAAUGAAGUGUUGAACCGUCUCCCCGUCUCAGUAGUGGCAGUUGUCUUCGGAUGUUUCACAGCCCUGAUUAUCCUGGUCUCCAUUUGUUGUUGGACUGGAGUAUUGUACAGACGAAGGAAGUAUGGAGAGAAAUCUCUGUUGGGCCUGGAGAUGGAGAGAAGGAUUGCUGCAUACGAGGGCGAGCUGGAUCUGUCUGAGUACAAUGAGGAUGCUGAAGUGGUGCAGCUAGCAGGAGGGGACGGAUUAGAUCAGGGAUCUGAAGCCUCUGUAGAUGAAUGGCCCCAAAUAGCCGAGCAGAAGAAGACUUUGGAGGAUGAACCCGUGGAGGGCCACUGAGCAUUCAAGUUGUUUGCUCCGUGUAAAUACAGACCGUUUGGGUUGAAUAAACAUCUGCUCAUGAUGCCGUGUAACGUGUUUAUCUUCUCAGUACGAACACUGCUACUGUUUAUCUCUAAGCGAAAGUGUGGUGGCGAGUUCAAGUGGUGGUGACAGUCACACAUGGU